GGCUGUGUUAGGCAGCGCAGAUUGCGACUCUUCUUUACCAUUCUCAUUUACUGUCAUACAACAACUAGACAUGAACGCUAUGAACGUGGACCCACUGAGCCAAUGGAGAUUUGCUGUUAAAUUUAAAGAUCACAACUCAAGAGCAACUGAGGAGGAGGUUAAAAACGCAUAUGAAGCAUAUAAAGAAUUUUUUUAUAAAUACCACAAGGACCACCUCACGGAUUGCUAUAUGGAAUAUCUUCAAACACUUGGCAGUUGGGCGUUAUUAGUUGGAGCAGAACUGGGUCAUAGAGAUAUUAUGUGGUUCAUAGAGCGUUCGAACAUCAAUUAUAUCACCGAGUUAAACCAGCAGUUAGGGUCGAUCAGAGAUUCUUUGAAAUAUUUUAAUUACCUUGCGGUAGUCCAGUCAUCCGGAUAUGGUAAAACGAGGGCUAUACAUGAACUGGUAAAACUAUAUCCCGUGAUAUACCUGUGUUUCCGUUCAUCCGUAUCAACUGGAUAUCUGAAAGUAAUGACACAUAGCUUGACAUUAAAGAAUGAGAUCGAGUUUUGCGACAUGAUAGCCAAAGCGGAGGCUGUGGCUAACAGAUGGCUUGUUACAAUAGUUAUUACUUUUCUGAAUAAGAGCCGCGUUUACAAUAGGGUAGAUGGGAAGAAAUAUCUCCAACAUAUAUUAGAAGAUAGGGAAAGCAAGGCCUCCGCACUUACUGGUAAGAUUUUUAUGGUCUUUGUUGAACAACCAGACAUCAAUCCUGAAUCCUCAUUGAUACAAAUUGGUGACUUAGUACCCGCUCAAGACGAAGAUGACUCUGCGAGGGAUUUGAAUCUUCACGCUCACAGACCGUUUGUUCACAUUGCUUCAACAGAUUGCUUAAGGUUUAGAUUUGAUUGUCCUUUGCAGGUGUCAGUUAGAGUGUUUGGUAAUAAUAUUUGUUUAUCACAUAGCAAUACAAGUUACUCCGAAGAAGAAAUGAAGAUGGGUUACAAUAUUUCUAUGUGGAAUGGUAUGACAUAUAAUGCAUUACGUGAGAGGUAUCGCUAUUUAGUAGAUAUAGCAAUGACAAAGCUAUGCGGUGGAACUCUUAAAGACCUAGUCAAAUCACAUAUAGUAAUAAUUAUCACUGCUGAGGACUCUGGUAAGAAGCAUCUCAUUGGAUAUCCAUCAGAAUCAAUAUUAUAUGAAGGAGCAUUGACACUGCUAUCGAGGCCUAGCGUUGAGCUUGAAGUGCUGAAGGAGCUGGAUUUAGUUAGAAAAGAAGGUAGGGUUAUCGAUACUGGCAAUCGAGAAGAACUAUAUGCAAGAAUACUGCUAUUAAGUGCAAGGCGUCAGCAGAUACUAUCCUUUAGGAAGGAAAAUUAUGAAAUACAUAUUGAAACUCUCAUUCUUAUUGCAUACCUUCACGAACUGUUCUCUUCUGAGUUUUCCCAUGAGAAAUUCCAACACCUGGCAGCAUAUGAUAUGGGAUUCACAUAUUUUGUCGCGCUUGACCAUAUCCCAGAUGAAUCUACUUUGCAGCUCUGUUGA